AUGAAUACACAACUAAAAAUAUUACAAUUCAAGUAUGAAUUAGGACAACCUAGUCAGUAUUAUUUCUUGAUUGUAUCAGGUAAGGAACAAUAUUUCACAAGUACAUUUAAACUUUAACAUGGACUGAAUGAUUUUAGAGACAAGUUCAGUUUAUCAGUCUCAUAAUUCAUAGAUUUUUAGCUAUGGGAUUAUUGGGGAGAUCCAGUCAUGAAAGGAUUAGGAAGAUUAGAUAUACAAAAGGUUCUUAAAGAACGUAAGGAUAUGCAUAUAAUAUAAAUCUGGACAGAUGUUAAAGUGGGUGAGCUAAUGAUUUAACUUAUUUUUGAAGAGGAAAUGUUAUCACUUUAGUCUUCAUUAAAAGAAAAAUCAUCAUUUGGUCUUUAGCCGAGUUUUUUGAGUCAACAGGGAGCUUCCUUUUAUGAUAAUUAUCUUAAUGAUAAGCCUUUAGUGUAUAUGUCAGCUUCACGUAGUACUCAAUACAGACCCACUCAGUCCCCGGUGUUAUAGAUAAAAAAAUGA